CAAACCUUUCACAACCCUGGGAAACUAAAAAAAAUAUAUAAAUAGUUUCAUUCUGGAUUUUUGAUAUUUAUUUUGAGAUCAUAAGAUAUUUGAUACUAUUCUUUUUUGACAUGAUAAUACUAUUACUGGAAUCGCUUUGGAUUGACCAUGAAUCCUCGAUCAGUGUGCAAGACGAUAAGGAUAUAAAAUACUGAAGGAAGUCAUGACAUACUUUGGGAUUCGUCGAUUCAUUGACUUACCAGAUGUUAGCAGUGACGAAGAUGAUGGUUUGGUGUUUGUUAAACAUGGAACCAUCGAAACUUCUGUUAUUCUUAUCAAUAGUGAUGAAGCUGGUGAGGAUGUUGUUGUUAUCAGUGAUGAUGUCGUUAACACCGGUGGUCAAAAGCAAAAAGAAAAAGAUGUUUUCAUUGACUUGUCCGAUAAAGAUGAUACAGAUAGUAUAAAGAAAGAAACAACUGAAGUGUUUUAUGCCACUCGUAUAUCUAAUACAGAAUCUGCUAACAUUAACAGCAGUAUUAUCACAGAUGGUGCUGCCAGUAAUGUUGUCACACCUAAGGAUGUGAUUAUAAUCAAUGAUGAUGAUGACAAUGAAACUGUUGGGCUGCCAUCCACUGAGCCGCAACCAAGCACAAGCAAUGAAAAGGAAUUAGAUUUGCAGGUGACAGCAGUACACGGCUAUGAGCGAUUUCCAUUCCUCAACGAUCCGCGGACUGUGGAGUUUAUUCGCCGGUCCAACACAAUUUUCCUCAUGCGGGGUCUUUCCGGCAGCGGGAAGAGUACUGUGGUCCGCUGCCUUCAGCAACUUUACCCUUCAUCAGUAGUCUGCUCGGCUGAUAGCUACUUCAUGGAUGCUCAAGGAAACUACUGCUGGGACCAGAAUAAACUAUCAGACGCUCACCAAUACUGUCAGACCCUGGCCACACAGACUUGUGACCAGAAGUGUCCAGUGGUCAUUAUAGACAACACCAAUAUACAGCGAUGGACCAUGGCGCACUAUGUCAAACUGGCCCAGACGAGCCACUACUACCAUAUCAUAAUAGUGGAGCCAGAAACGCCAUGGCGGUAUGACCCGGAUAUUCUCGCGGCUCGCAACUCACACGGGGUGACGAAGGACAUCAUUGCAAAGAAACUCCAGAGUCUACGUGACAACAAAUGUCUGCCAUACUACUAUGGGUGGUUCAUCAGUCAGCCUGGUUCCCAGCGGCUUGUUACCAUGUUGAUGGACACACUGGGCCAGUGUGUGGCAGAGUUGGGGCAGACAGGGUCCAUGUCCGGUAUCAGGGAUCUACUCACAGAUAUGCUCAACAGAUACAAUGAGUCUUACACAGAACCCAGGAAGAUGCUUCAUUGUACAGCCAACUAUUUGGGCAACAAUGCCCAAGACCCUUACCAUAAAUGUAACAAUGUCGUUACUUCCCUUGGUAAGGCAUUUGCCAUUACUAUCUCAGGAUUUGUGUUUAGCCGGAGAGCAAUAUGCGCAAGAGUGGACCUGUACUGGGAAAAUGAUGAAAUUACUGCCGUAGGGCAGGAUGGUGGAAACAAGGCCAACUUUGAAACUGCCUCCUCUAGCAAAAAACAAAAUACUGGAGGUUUGGUUAAACAUAACAACAGUGAGGUGCCAGGGGAGGUAAAUCAAAAUGACAAAGAUAUUGAUGAUAUGUUGAAUCUUUUUGUAAAACCCGAAGAAGAGGAUCUUAGAAGCAAAUAUGAGGGGCAGAAAAGAGGGGUAGGUUACAAUGAUAGGCAGAGACUUUUAAAACAUGGUUGUAGUGCUCAUGUGACUAUAUCCUAUGCAAAGACAGGGCAGGCCAGGCACAGCGGGGACGAUGUGCUGAGAAUCGUUGAGAUGGAUUUUAAUGGGCAGAAUAUUGGAACGGCUGAGACAAGCAUUGGGAAGGUGGUGGGGUAUGGAGGGGAGAUGUGUGCGGUGACCUUGAAACGACCUGUCACAUUAGACAGUCUUUUUCAGGGCUUCUAUAGUAUGAGAAGAUAAAAAGUAUAUUGUUGCCCAAGUUGAUCCUAUUAAAGCAUUCAAUUUUGUGGGACUAUUUUUUUUGCACAUUAAAAUAAAUGUAGAUCAUCUGUUUUCAAAAGAAAAUAUCCUACAACAUGUAUGUAGUGUCAUCUAAGCUUGAUAUUGUCAGUCUAAGCCAAGUUGAGCAAAAACUAAAAACAGUCUAAGAUAUUUAACAAAAUUUAGUACAAACGGUUACAAUAACGAUACAUUAGAGUAUCAAGGCCCACCACCAACUUAAAUGAAGAAGUGGGAUGUACAUGUAGGUCAACUUGCUUAUAGUCCUAUGGCCUUUUGUCAAGCCCACUUGCGGUAACUUUGACAUAUUCACCACAAUGGCAGUUUAAUGUUCAUGCGUCCGUCCAUCUUGGUGUGUGUCUACAUUUCCUUUUGGCUUGUCUUGGAUGUAACUUGGCCAAUUAAGGGGAUUUUGGUACAAGUGUUCACCAUGAGAUGAUGGAGUGUUGUGUACAAGACUUAUGUACAUGUAGGCAGGUCAAAGGUCAAGUUCACACAUGAGGGUCAUUGGUCAAAAUGCUGUAAGUCAGUCAUGCAUUUGGCAUUUGGGGUUUUAAAAUUACAAAUGUUCACAUUAAAGACUGUGUGUAGCUGACAAGACCCAUGUCUUAAGGUCAAGGUCACAAUCAAGGAUCAUUGGUCGAAAUCCUUUGAAUUUGGGUUGUCUGGGCAAUAACUUGGCCAUGCUUGCGGGGAUUUCUAAAUACCUUGGCUAGCAUGUCACUUGCAAGACCUAUGUCUGUAGUUCAAAAUUCAACGUCACACUAAAGGUUCAUUAGUCAAAAUCCCUUGUAAUGUGGCUAGUCCGGGUUGCAACUUGGCCAUGUAUUGGGUUGAAACAAAGUAACAAAUUAUCACUUAGGAAGAUGGCGUGUGGCAUGCAAGACUCAUGUUUGUUGUUCAAAAUCAUACUUGAAAUUCAUCGGUUAAAGUAACUUGUACGUUGUAUACAUUUUAUAAUUUAAUAUAAUUAAUUAGAAUGUUUUAUGUAAAAUCCUAGUGACUAACUGUGGCUUAAUGACUAAGAGCUUUGUGUUCCUUAAUAAUAAACAUUUUGUAUAAUAUGUUCUAACUACACAUAUUGCAUUCUAUUUUGUACUAACAAAGCUUUUUGUUACCGCUUUUUAAAUUAAUCAUACUGUAUGUUCUCCUAUGUGUUUGUAGUUACAAAGCGCCCAAGACAAACAGACAAUGUUGUCCUUUUCUUUUCUUUAUUUCCACAUGAAAUAUUUCCAUUAGGGUUUUAUGUAGUGGUUUUGACAACAUUAAGGCAAAAUAGUCCAUGAUGUACCAUCAAAUUAUCUUAAUUCUUUAAAAGUAGUUGUACUUGCAUUAGUAUUUUAAUCAAAACAACUUUAAAUCAAAUCAUUGUCUUUUUAUGUAUCAAUUGUUCCUUUAUCACGACUCAUACACUCUGGGACACUUUAAUUUAUGAUCAUAUCAUACGAUCUCUUUUUGUGCUGAUAGUUUACAGAAGUAACAAUAUUCAUUUCCAAACAAGGGCCCAUUGUCAAUAACUUUGGUAAAGUUAACAACAUUGUAAACGUCAUCAUUGUUAACUUUCAAAUUGUUACUACUUUGUAAGUUUAAUGAAUAUACUUGUGAUCUGCAGUAUUCCGAGACAACUUUUUCAACUGUUUAUUUGUUAUUGAAAUAUAUGAGCACUUUAUCAAGUAUUUCAUGUCUAAAAGUUAACAACAAAUUUCGUUUAUCACGUUGUUUGUCGUACUUGAACAAAGUCCUGUGGCCGUGAUUAUGAACGGUCUUAAAUUAAAGUUCAGAUUGAAAUUGCAAAAAUGCAAAUUUUCAUUUCAUUGUUAUUUUCCCUCAAGUGAUGAAAUUUGCUGAGUUGUAAAAUUGUUUGAAAUUGUACAAUUAUUGACAUGUAUUUUUGUAAAACACAUGGUUAGAAGACGGUUCUUUGUAACUUAAUAAAAGUGCUUGUCUAAAUCUAAACUCAGACUUGAGACUGUUUGUAAUCAUGGCCCAAGAACAAUUGGCUGUAAAUGUGUUACUGGUCACCUUAACAUAUCUUCAACAGUUAACCUUUUUAGUAAACAUAGUUUCUUAACCUUAUGAUAUUGCGUUGUUCACUCCUUAGCAAAAUGGCUCCUUAGAAUAGUAAGCAGAAUUCCUUCUUUGAAAUAUUAAUCAAUGUUUAUACAUGGUCUACUACUGGUGCAAGUGCUUAAAAGGUAUUUAUUUAUUUCCUUUCUUUUUCUAGUAAUUUCUUGUUAAUUAUGCACCAGUCAAUUGUAACCACGCCCCCC